AUGAUCUUCAACUGGCUUACCGCCUCCAACACGACGAAGGUCAGAAAGAUCAUCGAGGUUGUGGUUGAUGACUUCGAAGACGCUGCCAGGCCCUCGCACUGCGACGAUGCCAUUGUGAAGUGCUUGAAACCGUUCAAUAUCGAGGCCUGGGAUUGGAGACGCAUGGAUAUUGACAGCGACGUCAUCUCCCGGGCUGCAGGAGACCAUGUAAGAGUGGUCAAUCUCUAUUGCAGCGGUUUGAAUGCCGUCCUUCGCAGCUGGUCGGACAGGGAGGGACUGCCUAGUUUGAAAGCGCUCGAGGAAGUUUACUUGGAGACCCACCAGGGGCGAGAGUCGCUCGAGACGAUGGAACGAUACGUCAGCAAGUUCGAAGAAAGGCUGAAGGAAAACUACAAGCUCUGCCAUGGGAGAGAACUACUUGUUGAAUGCGCUCCGGUAACGGCAGCCCCUGAUGAUGCGGCCGGAGGCAAAAAGGGGGGCAUCAACACUGGAGUUAAGAACGGCAGAGGUAGGGAAGAAGAAGAUUGGCUUCUUUGCAUGGAUGAAUUUUCUAAGUUCAUCCAAACAUGUCCCCCCAAAGCUGGAUCAUCGUCUCGCACUGUCACUGUGGCAUUGAUUGACGAUGGCGUUCAGUCCAGCUAUGAUGGGUUGAACGUAAACAUACAGAAUGGUGAGAGUUGGGCGAAGGCGCGAGAAUUUCAAUGGGGCAAGCCUGGUCGUAGGUUUCGACCCACGUACUACACUUCGCAACACGGCCACGGUACCGUCAUGGCUUGGUACAUUCGUCGGGUUUGCCGAGAGGUGAGGUUGCUAGUGGCCAAACUCGACUCUGUGAUGGCUCCCCGAACUCCGGUAACUUUCUCGAUCGAAUCCGCCGCGAAGGCAAUAGACUGGGCGGUGAAAGAAGGGGCAGAUAUCAUAAAUAUGAGCUGGGCGAUCGAUAUGCAUGAGGCUGACCGAUCGUCCGACAAGCGGUACAAACCCCUGAAAGACGCGAUUGAAAAGGCAGUCAAGAAAAACAUACUUUUGUUUUGCGCGAACCCUGAUAAAGGCAGCGAGGAGGCGGAGCCUAAGACAUUCCCUAAAUGUCUCCCGGGAGUUACGAGCCUGUUCUGCAUAGGCGCUGCCGAGAAUGGCCAGCGCUGGAUGAAGAUCUCUCGAAACGACGAGACAUGCGAUUUCUUUCUCCCUGGCGUCCGAUUAGACAUUGAGGCGGAGAGUCGCCAAGGGAAUCCAAAGGGAAGCAAGUCAUUUGAGCAGUGGAAAGAAUUUGGCGGAAGUUCACUGGCGUGCGCUCUCGCCUCAGGCCUGGCGGCCAUGAUUUUGCACUGCUCUCAGAUUUGUGACAUCACAAAUGAGCAGUGGGCUUGGCUCAAGUCAUACAACGGCAUGAAGGCUGCUUUUGAAAGCCUCCAAGUCACCAGUGAGCUUUGGCUGCCAGUGCGCAAGGUGUUCGGACAGCCUUUCGUGUCCAAAACAGACACCCCCGAGAAAAAAAGACAGCGGCUGAGGGAGGAUGUGGUGGACAAGCACUUCCUUGCCACCAUGCCGAAGCCCGAGGGGAAGAGGAGAUGA